AUGAAAUCACAAUCUAUCGCGGUUUUGUUGAACGGAAACAACCAUUUGGGUUUCAACUAUGUCGAACUCUCCUCGUCCAUUGUCAACUCUGGCCUUCCCCCAAACAUCAAGGAUGGUAUGAUUGAAAACAUAAAGGAAUUCCUGAGUCCACAAAGCAAAGCUUGGUACAAAUUUCGUGGCAUUCCAUACCGCCGAGGUUAUCUUCUCUAUGGUCCUCCUGGAACCGGAAAGUCAAGUAUAUGCUCUGCAAUUGCGGGGCGCCUGUGGCUUGAUAUCUACACGAUUAGCCUGAACUCUCGAAAGCUUAACGACGAUAUGUUGAACAAGUUCUUCCAAAGUCUUCCGAAACGUUGCAUUGUGCUUUUUGAAGACGUGGACAAUGCCGGAAUUGGUCAAGAGGCUUCGCAAAUGAAGAACACUGACACCUUCGCACACGCACAAGGCGUAAUUUUAUCAUUUUCAUCAAUCAAGCCAACUAUAUCCCUGAGCCACAAUAUCGCGGUGGUCUACAGCGAAUCAGAGCUCGUCUGUUAUUGGACUUUUUUACUCGGAAACUAA